AUGCCCUCCCUCGCACAGACAUGUGAUCAUGUCCUAACAAGCAUAGAGGGACAUGAGUUUGGAAUUCCAACACUUUGGCCGCUGGCGGCAAGCUUCACGGCCAAACCGGCGUUGGAGAGCGAAUACUACGCAACCAACGCCGAGUUGGCCCGUAAAUUAGAUCGUCUUGUAUAUCUCAAUAAACGUAAACUUCUUCGGCUGCAGGAUGCGGCCGCCAUAGACGCUCAGUACAAGGAAAUGGUCAACGAUGAGCUUUUGAACGAUCUUCCCGAAAACGACUUGGAGCAGUUUCUCGUAGACCAGCUGCGCUUGAAGCGAGAUGUAGUCCUCCAAGAUGUUCUUCCGGCUGCACUCCCGAUCCUACGGGCAAUUCAUGUUGACAAUGCAGCGCUUACGGAGCUGGAGUGUUCUAUCUUGAACAAUUUGAAGAAAUUGUACUCAAGGUACAACAGCCAUCCUGGAAACAUUCGGCGACUCGUCGGCCAAUACCAACUGAAAAUCGCUACGACAGAUGCAAAGCUGCAGUUGAUGGCGUCUGUGGAUCGACUUUUGGCGGAGGAGGUAGCGCCCAGAAUCGACGCCCUUAAGAACGCAAACGAGGAGUAUGCGUCCCUCAACACAAUCUAUGAACGUGCCAAUGCACCUACAGAUGAGACAAGAGCAUUCGCCGAGGAUGUGAGCACGUUGUCGCGCCGCUUACAGAUAAUCUCGGUUCUUAGUGACCUCCUCCCAGCUCUUGUGCUCUGCCAUCCUUCCAAUUGGUACAACGACAAGUCUUUGAGAGAUAUCAUGGAAAAAUGUCAGAGCGCUGGUAGUCUACCUGAGCUCAGAGCUGCUUGUCCUCAGGAACUAGAUGUUCAUGAGUUGCUUCUGAUAGACAUUCCCACUAUCACGGAUGUAUAG